AUAAGCUGAACCGCACUUUCUCGUUCCAACCGUUCUUUCGUCCAAAACGCAAAGAAGAAACAGAGUUUCCUUCAUUUUCACGAAGUCGAAACGCCGAAUUCUCGAUUUUCGCCUUCCGUCGAGAUGGGAUUUUACUCCGAGGCCCACAUUUGCCAGUGCUUCAGCCGCCUCACCACCGAAAAACGGAACUCCGUGGUGACAAUCAGAGGCGACCGCCAAAAAACAGGCCACCAGCUGGUCGAGUGCGUGCUCAGUCUGGCUCGCGCCCUGCUCCAUCUCGGCCUCCGAAACGGCGACGUUGUUGCCAUCUCUGCUUUCAACAGUGAUACGUAUCUAGAGUGGCUUUUAGCUGUUGCAUUUAUUGGAGGCAUAGUUGCUCCUUUGAAUUAUCGAUGGAGCUUUGAAGAGGCAAGAAUGGCAAUGGUAACUGUUACGCCAAAAAUGUUGGCGACAGAUGAGAGCUGUUACAACUGGCAUUCUGCACUACAGAGUCAUGCUAUACCAUCUUUAAGGUGGCAUAUUUCACUAAGCUCCCCUUCCUCAGAUUUUAUAAACAAAUACAAGAUAUUAACAAUGGAAAUGCUAUUGGAGCAAUCUGUAAGAUCUGGAUCUAUGAAUUAUUCAUGUGCACCUGAGGGCGCUGUUGUAAUAUGCUUCACUUCAGGAACUACUGGGAAGCCAAAGGGAGUUGUCAUAAGCCAUACAGCUUUAAUUGUACAAUCCCUGGCAAAAGUUGCAAUUGUUGGUUACAGUGAGGAUGAUGUUUAUUUGCAUACCGCUCCCUUGUGCCACAUUGGUGGUUUAUCCUCAGCCAUGGCCAUGCUAAUGAUAGGAGCUUGCCAUGUCUUCAUACCCAAGUUUGAAGCUAGGCUAGCCCUUGAAGCCUUAGAGCAGCACCAUGUGACUUCUCUGAUCACUGUCCCUGCGAUAAUGGCUGAUCUAAUCUCGUUGAUCAGGCCGAAGCGAAGUUGGAAGGGUAGAGACAGUGUGAAGAAGAUAUUAAAUGGAGGAGGAGGCCUAUCAUAUGACCUUGUUAAAGAUGUGAUCAAAUUCUUCCCAAGAGCAAAGCUUCUUUCAGCUUAUGGGAUGACUGAGACAUGUUCUUCUCUAGCCUUCACGACCCUCUUUGAGCCAAUGCUUGAGGCCUCUGGUACAUCACUGCAGUUGUUUUCCAAAAGUAAUCCAAGUCCAGUCAAACCAGGAGGGGUCUGUGUUGGCAAGCCUGCUCCACAUGUCGAUUUAAAGAUACGCUUUGAUGACUCUUCUGAUGUUGGAAGAAUUCUAACUAGAGGUCCACAUGUAAUGCUAAGGUACUGGGAUCAAAUUCCAGAAAAUGCAUCAGGUUCUAUUGAAGAAGCUUGGCUAGACACUGGUGACAUCGGGUUCAUUGAUGACCAUGGCAACUUAUGGCUUGUUGGACGAACAAAUGGUCGAAUCAAGAGUGGAGGAGAAAAUGUUUACCCUGAAGAGGUAGAGGCGGUGCUAGAUCAACAUCCGGGAGUUAUUUCCUCCAUUGUUGUGGGAAUUCCUGAUCCUCGUCUGACAGAGAUGGUUGUCGCCUGUAUCCGAUUAAGAGAUAACUGGCAGUGGUCCAAUAACAGUUCCAAAUUCUCAGUUCAAAGCAACGAGCUAUUCCUGUCUAGUGAGAUUCUUCGACAUUAUUGUAGAGAAAGGAACUUAAGCAGGUUUAAAAUUCCAAAGAUAUUUAUUUUAUGGAAGACCCCAUUCCCACUAACAACAACUGGAAAAAUAAGAAGAGACCAAGUUAGAAGAGAUGUCAUGUCCCAGCUACAAUCCUCGCCUAGCAAACUUUGACAAUUUAAUUCAGUACUCAUCAGAAUGACCAGUUCCUUUUAGAUUCUUUUGGGGACAAAAAGAUAAAUACAAAUACGAGUUUAGGUAAUAUAUGAUUAGCUAUUUAAGUAAUAAUUUUAUCAAUCUUGUAUCACUUUACUCGUAAUAUAAAAUUUAAUCGACGUCGACGUGGAUAUAAAAAUAAAUUAUUAGGUUGAGGUGUUAUUUUAAUUUACAUUCAGACGUUUGUGUAUUUUUUUAUAAUUGAUUU